AUGCAAAAAUCAAAAAUUUUUCUUCGAAGGGCAAUUCACGCUACUGGAAUAUUUUGUACUUGUACAGCGUUUUUCGAUUUGAUUGGUUGCCCAAUGUCAAUUUCAGGGAUUUCAAUGCUGCCAAAUCUGGUUCCUGGUGAUGUUGUAUGGAUAUCAAAAAUUUUUCCUAAACCAGCUACUGGUGAUAUUUUUGUAUUCACAGCACCCCCAGAUCCUUCAAAAAACCACAUAAAGCGUAUAGUCGCCCUUGAAGGUGAUACAGCCAGAACGAAGCAAGGUGGGCGAGUGCUUGUUCCAAAGAAUCAUAUCUGGGUACUUUCUGAUAAUUUGAAGUGUCCAACAGUUUUGGAUAGCAGAGCAUAUGGACCGGUAAAUUGUGGUCUUAUAGUUGGAAAAGCAACAUGUCUAAUUUGGCCUCCAUCAAGAUGGUCAAUUUUAAAAGAUAGAAGAAAUGACGAAAAAGCUCAAAUUUUGUAA